AUAAAAUCGGCACUCUCGCAGAGACGCCCCAUAAAAUAUUAAUGGCGUUGAGGUGACUCGUUUUAAUCGGGUGGCGUCUAAACAGAGCGCAAACCGGCAUUUUGAGUUUGAAGAGCUCAAACAACUCUACUCUUUGAUCUUUGAAGGACUUCUGUCGGAUCAGACACUCCCUUUUCUUUCUGGUGUUUUCCUUGGUUAUCCUGUCUUUAAGAACGUCUAUAUCUCUCUCUCUUGCCUUCAAAAUUUAUCGUUAUUGUUACGUGCGAGGUAAUUCGGUUCCUAGGUUCAUAUAUUUCCUCCUAGUCCAGGGUUGAAGCCACAAAACACACGAACAAUUUCAGAAAGUUCCCUCGUAAGAAGGAAAACCCAAGCAGGAGUUCCGACUGUGCUCCAGUUUUGUCGGAAGGCGGUCCCUUUGAUUCAGGGACUCUGUAUAAUCUAUAAGAUUUUGUACCUCUCCUUAAGCUCUUCUUUGAUUGGAGGCUUGGAGUGGUUUAGCAUUUUGCAAGUUCUGUUGAGGCCCUGGAUUGAAAUGAGAACAAUGGCCCGAUCUCUUCGCCACUUUCGAUUGGCUUUUCGGCAUAAAAAAUAUAAUUACUCAGGUGGCUUUGUGAGAACCCGGAUGUGUUUGAUAGAGACCAAUACUGGGACUGUAUGCAAGCUUGCUAACAAUGUUGAAUUUGAGAGAUUUCAAGACCUCAAAUUAAUGAUCUCAAGAUCCAUGUCAGUGGAUGCUGCCCAUGCUACGAAUAAAGAUGUGGAUAGAGCCGGGCCUCUAGUUGAGUAUGAACGAAGAAUUGCUGCUGGUGAACUUGUGGAUGGCGAUAGUUUCCAGGUAGACACCUUAAGAGAACUUCAGAGACUAUAUGACGAGCUUGUUGCUUCAGCUGAUGCCUGCCGGUUGGAUAGGUAUUCGGCUUCUGAAAAAGCUGGAAGGAGUAGGUGGUUGUGGUCUCGUUUCAUCCCACAAUCUUCAUUUUCACCUGUCAGAGGUCUAUAUCUUUACGGAGGAGUGGGCACUGGGAAAACUAUGCUGAUGGAUUUGUUUUUUGAUCAAUUGCCCUCUAAUUGGAGGAAAAGAAGGAUCCAUUUUCAUGACUUUAUGUUGAAUGUUCAUAGCCGCUUGCAAAAGCACAAGGGUGUGGCAGAUCCACUUGAAGUUGUCGCUGGGGAGAUUUCGGAUGAAGCAAUUCUAUUAUGUCUUGAUGAAUUUAUGGUGAAUGACGUCGCUGAUGCAUUGAUACUAAACCGUCUAUUCGGACAUCUAUUCAGCAAUGGCGUUAUUCUCGUUGCCACUUCAAAUCGUGCUCCAGAUAACCUAUAUGAAGGUGGACUGCAGAGGGAUCUCUUUCUACCCUUUAUUUCGACUUUGAAGGAACGUUGUGCAGUUCAUGAAAUUGGUUCAUCAACAGACUAUCGGAAGAUGACUUCGGCUGAGCAAGGUUUCUACUUCAUUGGCAAAGACUUAUCUGGCAUUCUCAAGCAAAAGUUUCAACAACUGAUUGCAGAUCAUACAGCCAGUCCACAGGAGGUGGAAGUAGUAAUGGGAAGGACAUUGCAGGUUCCCCUGGGUGCUAAUGGAUGUGCAUAUUUUCCAUUUGAGCAACUCUGUGACAGACCACUUGGAGCUGCGGACUAUUUUGGAUUGUUCAAGAACUUCCAUACCCUGGCAUUGGAAGGUGUUCCAAUUUUUGGAUUACACAAUAGAACUGCGGCAUAUCGGUUUGUCACUUUAGUUGAUGUAAUGUAUGAGAACAAGGCCAGAAUGUUGUGUGCAGCUGAGGGUAGUCCUCAAGAGCUUUUUGAAAGGGUAGUGACAAUUUCGGAUGCUCAACACAUUGCACCUAGAACUUCUUCAAGAUCAAGGAAAAGUGAUGAUUUGGACCUUUGUGUGGAUAAUGAACUGGGUUUUGCAAAAGAUCGCACCAUUAGUAGAUUAACUGAAAUGAACAGCAAGGAAUACUUGGAGCAGCAUGCUGCUAUAUUAUCGGCUGAGAAGCAACUCUCAUAGGAAGGUGGCAAUCAUUUAUCUUACAGGCACGACGGGGGAAAGGAUCCAUUAUCUUCCUAGUCCACAGUUUACUCUUGUUAGUAAAAUGUCUUAUUAGAUAUGAUGAGGCUUAGAUCAGUUUCGGUGAAAAUAAGGCUAUAAUGAAAUAAAAAUAUUGCAACAGGCUGCGCUCAUGCCAACCAUUAACCAUUGUAAUUUCCUUGGUACUGGUCCAAAGCGAACACCACAAAUUACCGAUUGUGUACUUUUCUUGUCCAUUCAAGGAGCAAUUGACUGAGUUAAUAAAACUACUCUGUCGAGAAACAGCAGAUCAGUUAGUCAAUAAAGAA